AUGUUGUCAGUGCAUGACAAUGCUGUCAAUGCAGACAACUCAUUCUUUUACAAAUCACAUUACUACACCAUUUACAAUCAAUCCACUGACUUGGCCAGUGCCAAGAGUAUCUGUAGCCAAGAUGGAAGUUACUUGGUGACGAUCACAAACGAUGGAGAACUGAAGGAGAUUAUUGCUCGAGCAAUGAGUUAUAAUAUAAGUGGCAACAUACUUGUCGAUGGAUCAGACUUUUAUAAUGCUGGCGUUUGGAUAUAUACUGGCGGACCAGAGAUCAAUCAGACAAUGUAUCAGGCAAAGGUUGACAUGUGCUCAACUGUUUGCCCUUGGGAUGUACAGUCAUACCAGCCAACAACAUUUGACAAGGUGCCAACGGGCUCAGCAACCGUGCUCAGUUUAGUAGUGUCUGGCAUCAACUCAUACUCAUACUCAUACUUCUCACAGGCCUCAACAGUCAAGGGCACUGCCUUCGUGUGCGAGGGUGGGAAGAACCCCACUAUCGCGCCAAUCAGCACCGAUGGAGGACUGCUGAUCAUCAACGGCUUGGACCCAAUGGCCACUCCACCACCACUCACCUUCUACCCUGUGGGCAACAGUCAGCCAGGAGUGAUAUGCAAUGCAUCAUUACUCAUUGCCAACACGACGUUGAUCUGCAUGCUUGGUCCCAAUGCCGGAACAUACGAUGUGUUGAUAGGUGGAUCGAUGAAUGUAAAUGUAACAUAUACUGCACGAGCACCUUAUCUCUCAUCGAUUCAAUCGAUCAAUUCUACUCAUGUCGUCAUUGUUGGAAACAACUUUGGAGCUAAUCCCAAUGAGGUAUCUUUGAUACUCAAUGCCAACACUGGUCACGACAUUACCUGCACUGUAUCCAUAUCUGGCAAGAACACGAUCAUUUGCGCUGCAUCCAACAUCCCAUCCAUCAUCUUCCCAAUCAAGAUCACAGUGUCUGGCAUCACAUACAUGACAUCCAAGACCGCAAUCAGAUAUGGAAACGUCAACAACUACUUUAGAUACAUACCAAAUGUGUCAUUUGACACUGCCAUGAAUGUACUGUCCACGAUGCAGGUGGACAUCAUGCCUGGAUUCAUGACUUAUAUCAACUCAUCAAGUAUGGCAACAUUCGCCACCAAGUAUUUUGGUGCACAGUACUUGUGGGAGCCGCUUACAUACACAGGCGGCCAAUUCACCUCAAUGGCAGGCUCAUCAAACAAUAUGAUCGUCUACGAUGUGUACACACAAAAGAACACACUACCCUCCUCUGGCUCGUUCUCCAACCUCUACAUCAACAUGUCCGACAACAGUCUGGCUGCAAACCCGGCCUCAGACUUGCAAGUUGGCGCGUUCAUCCAGUUCCUACAGUACGACCAGCCAGUGGUGUCCAACGUGCCAGUGCUACCCGUGGCGGGUGGCCAGCGCACAAUCAAGUUGAACGGUGUUUCAGUAAUUAACUUGGCCACAAUCAAUUGGAAGGGCGACUACUUGUUCUACAUUGCCGACUGGUUCGCCAAUGCAUUCAUCAUUUCAUUCCCAGCGGGCUACAACGAUGGCGCGUCCAACAAGCUCAAGCUAUCAAUUGGCCUGUUCACGACGAUUGAGAUUGGCAUGCGGUAUGAGUACCCAGUGAUCUCAGAUGUCAGCAAUCUGUAUCCACCAACACAGGGUACGGUGCUCACACUCUCUGGCAGUGGCUUCUACAAGGAUAACAGUGUGACAAAGGUAACUUCGGGUGUGUGCAGUGCAUGGCGCGUGCUUGACUCGGGAACACUUGAAUGCACACUCGUGCCUGGCACAGGUAGCAUAGUAGUCGGUCUCACUGUGGGCACGUCCAAGACAUCCUACACAUGGAGCUACUCGCGACCAUCCAUAGACUUAGUCACAAGCAUCGCGCUUGUAGGAGGCAAUGUAAUCCUCUAUGGCAACAACUUUGGAACCAAUCCAUCGCAGAUAGUAGUUAGUAUUGGAGGUGCACUGUGUGGCCAAGUCAAGGUGAUCAAGGAUCACACAAUGUUGAGCUGUGUUGCCCCACCAGGUGUGGUCGCAGGACCCGUGGAUAUAUACGUGAAUGUCAGUUCACAGAGCUCAAACCUCUUCACAACGCGCUACUCCUCAAGCUACAUCUCCUCUGCAUACAACAAUGGAACAACAUUGAGUAUCUUUGGCAACCAGCUUUCGUCUACCACUUCGCGAUUCAAUCUUGGCCAGACUAUCAUGCCUUGUGUGGACGUAUCCUCAUCCUUCAUUCAAUGCAAUCUCACAACGUCAUCAAUCAGUGACUUCCUAAGUCAGGUAUUGAUUAGUGAUAGCUCUGUCGUUUCAACAUACCAGUUCUACCUCAGUCCGUUCAUCGCAAGCACAUCAUACUCUGCACCAUUGCCGACCAGGUUCGCCGUCAUCACACUGACGGGUUACUACUUUGAGUCAAAGGUCUAUAGUGCCAAGGAGUUUGUGCAGCUGUCACUUGGCAUUGGUCGCACAGUGUCAAUGGCACUCGACCCCACUGCCAUCAAGUCGUCCACUUCGAUUGUGGCAAACAUCACAUUGGCAGGAGGUGCCGACCAAACCCUGCAGCUCACCGCCAGCCCAUCGCCAAUACGCUACUCCAACCUCUAUCACUCAAUCUCAUUCAAGACACCUGUGAUUGGCGCCGUGAACGCUAUCGACCCAUACGCUGCUCCCUACCUGGUCACAAUCACGGGCAGCCAAAUAGGUCCCCUUCAGGAUACUGGUGUAGCUGUACAGGGAGUGGGCAGUGGUCCAGUACAGGCAACAUUCGUCAAUGACACCACUGUGAUCUUCCCAUUGCCAGAGACUGCCAAGCUGGGCACACUCAAGCUGGUCGUGACGGGACAGGAGUCGACUCCAGUCCAAUACACGCCAGUUCCAUCGAUAGGUUCAAUCACACAGCCUCAUGUGCUUGGUGGUCAGGUCACCAUCACUGGACGAUUCAUGGCCACCAACAAUGCCAAUGGAACAGCCAGCAUUGCUGAGCCAUCAUUCACAUUGAAUGGUACCUCUCCCAUGAGUUGCGCACGUAUCACCUCCAUCGCGCCAUACCUAUUCAUAUGUCCCGUUGCUGCUGGCUCUGGUCCACUCACCGCCAACUUCACUUACAACAGCACAUCCUCGACACAACUCUAUCGAUUCUCUUACCAAAGACCAUCAAUCAUAUCGACAACGACCGUUAAGUAUAUGGUUGGAGGAAAUAUAACGAUUAGAGGCGAUAACUAUGCUGAUGUUGGACUACAGGCAGCCAUUGGAGGCAGACCAUGCAAUCAGACUUACUUUGUGGACUACAUGACGAUCAUUUGUUUGUUUGAUGGACUUGCUGAGCCAAACCCCAAGGGCGAGUCACUCAAUGUAACCGUGACAGUCAACACUUUGCAGUCCACUCGUUACCUCUUCCUCUACUACACGCCCAAACCUUGUGUUGACGACUGCUCAGGUCGCGGGGACUGCAACCUGGACACAGGAAUCUGUCACUGCUACGUGCCCUAUGGCGGCUUCGACUGCAAGUCAUCCAACACAACCGUGCCCGUUUUGCCACCAACCGUCAACCCCGACGGCGGGUCCGUCGUGCACGGCAGCAAGUUCAACUUCUCAAUCAACUUGGCAUUCAUCCGAGAGAUGGACUCCAAGGGCGAGCAAGUCGUAGCAUAUGGCCUGUCGAUGAUCGAAUGGGUCAACCACACAGAGUUGGCCACUAACAAGGUUUACAUGGCCGGCGUGUACCCGGGCGUGGGCAUUGGCGUGGAGGUCACAACCACGAUCUUUGAGACAGCGUCCAACGUGUCAUUUGGCAACGAGCUGCUGCCUGUGGCGGCCAACUCAAUCAAGUACGAGGUGUCCAUCACCAACUGGACGUUCGCCUCGCCGCUCAACAUGAUGCAGGUGGUGUUCGCGGCGAGGGCUCCACUCACCGACUCAAAUGAGUGCACCGACUCUGCCACAUCAUCGGCAAUGGGCGGAAUCGAUGGCCAGAGCAACAGCACCAUCAACUGGUUCCAGAUCAAGAAUGGCGAGUCUAUGCUGCAGGCGCACUUCUCGCAACGCGUCAUCACGGAUGACCGCGUCGUGCGCAGCCAGGUGCUGGUACUCGAUCCGUCCGACCAACUCUAUCGCUACCUGCCUGGCGAUGGCUCCAACUUUGACCUGCUGACGGCCAUCAUCGUGCCACCCUUCACGGAGAGGGCGAGCGUCGAUCCCAACUUUGGCUCGCUUGUAUCGUCUACUGUUCGUCCGGAGUGCGCGGCGGCGCGACCAUGGUUACUGCCAGUGAUCAUCACAGCAUCCAUUGUCGGAGGAUGUCUUCUCGUUGGUCUAUCAAUAUUCAUCAUUCGCAAGUACUUUGUAUCCGUUCGCAUCGUUCAGUACAAGCUCAGGAAUCUCAAGGAGUCAGGCCACAGGAAUCACUUGGCCGAUUAG